AUGUGGUCAGCAAGACGGUACAUGAGAAUCCCGAGGGAGCUUAAGCCUUCGGAAAUUUUCAAGCAAGACUUCCUGUCACCGAGUAAGAUUGCUCUUCAGAUAGUGCUUUUACAAAUUUUCUAUUAUAUCACUGCCUCAGUGCUUUUCUAUUGCUGGGCCAAAUUAGUCGGAUAUGAGCUUCAAAUUCUCAAUUGGUUGUUUUCAUGGGAAUACAUAUCCUAUGCGACAACACUGGGUAUAUCAAUCUCUCUUUUAUGGUUGUUUGAUUCGCUGUUGUGUGUCCUGUUCCUUACUGUGAUAGUCGGCCGUAGUAAAUUAGCAUGGGAUUUCGCUAUUACUAUACAUGCCAUUAAUUUUAUUGUUGUUGUGCUCUUCACACACCGCUUUCCAUCUCUAUCGUGGAUUCUUUUGCAGAUCAUGUCUUCGUUAAUUUUAAUAUUCUUGGGUACUUGGACAACGAGGUGGAGGGAACUGCGAGACACUUUCUUUGAAGGCCUGGUAGAUUCUAAUGUGGGCACAUCAAACUCUAUACCUGCGGAUAUAGGAACAGAUGGAGAUCAAAAUGGUACUCAGCUUGAGAUGCGAGAUCUUGAAGCUCAAAAAUGA